GCUGAGGGUCCCGAGCGGUAGUGAGGACUCCGCCAUUCCUGCUGUGGAUGAAGCAGGUUAAAAACGAGUCGAGUAUUGGAGGCGAGAGUGUGUGUGGGCGCCCCGGCGGCCGCCACACCAUGAUGCACGAGUAUGCCAAGGAGGUGAAGCAGGAGCCCAAGGCAGUGGCCGCUAAGCCAUUCCUGGUGAGAAAGUUCCGCACCGUUAAGGAGGUGUACGAGUGUCUGGAGCAGUACCAGGAGGAGACUGUCACGCACUUCAUCAAGUACAACAAGGAUAAAAGAUUUGGAAAUGAAGAUUACAUACCAAACAUUGAGAAAGGGCGCAUCCAUUACUGGUCUCACACAGGAAAAUGUGGAGUUCCCAUUGAGUAUGACGGCGUGCCCUUCAUGCAUGUGGGGCGCUGGGUCCUGAUGUGUCAUCAAGGACAGGACACCAACAAGCGCCACAAAGAGAAGUACCUGAUGCGCAAACACAGAGAACAGCAGGAGAGUGGAGUUAGUCCGAAGAGUAGGAAUCGUUCUCAGGCAACAAAGAAGGUGAAUUGUCCAGCUGAAAUUUAUGUUACUCACAUCAUGAAAUUUCCUCAGCAUAAGGUACCCAAUGCCUUACUGGCAAUUAACUCCUUGCCAACUGACCAUAUGAGAAAGUUAGCCAAGAAGAAAAUUAUCAGCAGUUUCAAACGUUACUCUAGCAGAUUUUUAAGAGAGUCUUGGUACUAUGUGAGAUUACCUGAUCCCACUACACACGAGGGGCACCCAGUUCUAGGACCGAUAAAGAAAGAACCAGCAGCAAAUAUUCCUACAAAGUGUACUAUUGAAAUUCCAAGUCAGUCUGGUGCAACUGCAGAAAUUAAAAGGAAAAGACAGUCAAAAAGCACAAAAUUUCGGACGAAAGAACCUGUGGAUCCAAGAGUGUUACAGAAGAUGUAUGAACUGACCCGACAAGGUGUGUCAACGGUCAAGAUGAUGCAAGAGGCUAUAGCUGAAUAUGUAAGAGAAGAGCUGUUUCAUUGUGGUGAGCCUCCACCGACAAUGUACCGCAGAUAUAAUCCCACUUCCUCGGACAUCCAAAAUGCUAUGUAUAAGGUAAAACAGGAGAUGCGGCUGGAGGGGAAGAGCAUCCUGCAGUACCGAUGCGCUGCACUUGUUCGCGAAAUUACUGAAAUGGUGGUUCAGACAGACAGUGAAGAAUAUCUUAACCAGUUGGAAGAACAACUUAGGGGCAUUUACAAUGCUGUAAGAAACACUAUACCCAUUCAGGAUAUUCAUUUUAGACAAGAACAAGAUGAAGAGAAAGGAAAGCGGGUCCUGGGUGAUGAACAGUUUGUAACAACGUUGCCUUUAGAAGGAGAGCCAAAACCUAAACGGGGCAGACGACGAAAACACAUUGAGCAUCAGGCAGAGCUGAAUGAAGCAACAUACCAUCUCAAAUUAGAAAAUCAGCAACUACAAACAGGUGACCAACAAAUGGAACUUGAUGGGGUAUUGGAGCACCACCAAGUUCAUGAGAUUAUUGAGCAGCAGGAUGGCACCAUCACCGAGGUGUACUAUUACCAGCCGGUAGAUCAGUAUGAUCAUUACUCAGAACAAGUGGCAGGUGAUUGCCAGCAGUAUGAAAAUAACACCAUAGUAAUCCAGCCACAAAACAUAAAAGCAGAGCCUAAUCUUUAGCUACUUACAAUCUUUUGAUUACUGAUAAGCAGUUAAAACAUUUUUGUUAUAUAUGUAUAUGCCUUUAAUGCAUGCACCCUAUAUAUGUGUUCUGAAGGAGUUCAGUCAAAUAGAGCAUAUUGUAGAGAAAGCUGCUGCAUUGAUUUUCCAAAUAGUGAAAUGCAGUCAAAAGCCUUAAAUAUUACUCUAAACCAUUAUCUUGACAUUACUAUGGAUGUGUGUUGUCUUGGUGUCACACAGUACACGGUAUGUAAUGGUACUUCCACCAAACACGUCAAGCUGUUCUAAUAUUUCAUCCAGAAAUGCCUAGUUAUGGAGGUGAAAUAUGUAUAAAGGACAAAAUCAUGAUGCUGCACCCUAUGGGUGAAUCAUAAUUUUAUAUCAUACAUUACCAAAGAAGUUGCUCAAUUAUUCAACAGCUUAGUGUGGUAUUUAAUCAUUAUUUAUUUACUUUAUUUACUCAUCUGAUCAUUCAUAGUUUAGGAAUAUUCUGUGCCUAAGAAACAUGAUACUGUAUCUUGAAUGACUAAUGUUACUUUUUUAUUUUUUAUAAAGUAGUAAGAUUAAAAAAUAUAUGAGAUUUUAUAUAAAGAAAGUUUUGAUGUGAAAUUAUUUGAAAUGUUGCAGUUUAAUGGUGUCUGCAACAAGUAAAUAAUUACAAUUCCUUAUAUUAAGGAUGAGUAUAUUAAAAUUAUCAUUAAUUUUA